AGAGAGAGAGAGAGAGAGAGAGAGAGAGAGAGAGAGAGAGAGAGAGAGAGAGAGAAAAAACGAGAAAACACACUAACCUGCUGGAGUGUAGCGGAUAGGAGACGCGCGCGGUCUGACUGCUAGGCACGCGCGGGCUCUUCCACGCUUGUGACGGCACGAGAGGGAAACUCAAUAUAUAUUCCUAAUUUGAGGGUUUUUUUUCUUCUUUCUCACAGUGAAAAAAAAAGAAAGAAAGAGAAGAAUAGAGGAAAAGGCAGCCAUGCGUCUGAACCGAGACGCCGAGGACGGCAAAGGUUCCCUGUCGCUGGGCGUGUUCCUCGUGUCAGUCGGUCUAACUGUGUGUGUUGUUUGGCUCGUGGCGCUCUGCGGCGUCUGUGGAUGGUGCCAACGCAGACUGGGGAAGAGGAAUAAGCCAAGUUUGGACACAGCAAGUUCUCCGGACUCGGUGUCGGUACGAGGCCGGGGCGAAAAUAAAGCCAUCAAUGAUCUAGACAGGGACUUUUGGAACAAUAAUGACAGCAGCAAUGUUCAGCAGCGGUGGAGCUCCUACCCUCCUAAAGAGUUCCUCUUGAACAUGUCUCCUUAUGCUCCAUACGGAGACCCACGUCUAACGCCCAAUUUUGGGGACACAUCCCCGCUGUCCACAGCGUCCACUCUGGAGCACAUCGCACCCGCGGCGUGUCGUCCUCGGCCCCUCGUCCGACAGCAGAGCCUCCAGCAGCCCCUGACCCCCCGGCCCCCUCCGCCGCCCAACGACCCCCCUGCCACCUCACAGAGCCUGGGGCAGUUACACAGCAGCUCCGGGGGCGGCGGGGGGCAGCGGGGGGGUGCAAGGCCGGGGGCAAGGGGCAGCCCAGCCGCACCCGGGGCAUCUCGCUACAGAGCGGGCGCAGGGGCACGGUCCCGCUCCAACCCGGGCAGCUGGGAUCACGUGAUGGGGCAAAUACGUACCAGGGGCAUGGACGUCAAAUCCUUCCUGGAAGGCAAGAUGGUGGUGUUAUCUCUCGCGAUCGGCCUGGCCGAACAGGACGACUUUGCCAACCUUCCAGACCUACAGGAGAAGCCCGCGAGCCAAGAAACUCCUCCUGGCGAUAAAAGAGCCAUCGGUAACAAAGCCAACAGCAGUCCUAAAGGCCAGACCCCAGAUGAGAGCAACCGCCGCACUGACGCUAACUCCUCCGUCUCGGACCUCGCCAACUCCGUCACCAGCGACAUGCUCAUGUUGUCUCCGGGCUCUGAAGAGGAAGAACAUGAGGGUCCGGUGUGUGAGAAGCUGGGUCGAAUACAGUUCAGCGUGGGCUACAGCUUCCAGGACUCCACACUUACCGUGAAGAUCCUUAAAGGCCAGGAUCUACCGGCAAAAGAUUUCUCCGGGACCUCAGACCCGUUCGUUAAAAUCUAUCUGCUACCGGACAAGAAGCACAAACUGGAGACUAAGGUGAAGAGAAAGAACCUGAACCCUCACUGGAAUGAAACGUUCCUGUUUGAAGGUUUCCCGUAUGAGAAGGUGGUCCAGCGUACUCUGUACCUGCAGGUGCUGGAUUAUGACCGAUUCAGCAGGAACGACCCCAUAGGCGAGGUGUCCAUUCCCCUCAACAAGAUCAAUCUCGCACACACGGAGGCAGUCUGGAAAGAGCUGAAACCGUGCAGCGAUGGCAGUGGGAGUCGAGGUGACCUGUUGGUGUCACUGUGUUACAAUCCCACGGCUAACACCAUCACUGUGAACAUCAUAAAGGCACGCAAUCUAAAAGCCAUGGACAUCGGCGGCACCUCAGACCCCUACGUGAAAGUGUGGCUGAUGCACAAAGACAAACGGGUGGAAAAGAAGAAGACCGUGGUAAUGAAGAGGUGUCUGAACCCUGUUUUUAACGAGUCCUUUCCUUUCGACGUUCCCGCUCACGUGCUGAGAGAGACCACCAUCGUCAUCACAGUCAUGGAUAAGGACAGACUCAGUCGAAAUGAUGUCAUAGGCAAGAUCUAUCUGUCGUGGAAGAGUGGCCCCGCAGAGGUGAAACAUUGGAAGGAUAUGAUGGGUCAUCCUCGCACUGCUGUUGCCCAGUGGCAUGCCCUCAAAGCUUAGUGGACCCACCCAAUAGCCCCGCCCCCAGAUUAAACCCACACCCACGAGCCCUUGUUAAUAUGCACAAGCUUGAACACGGGUACCAAAAGCCAUCCAACAUUUGCCCCGUUUGUGUCCUUUCUUUUAUGUGUGUCCACAGGUGGGACUCUCUUCUUCACUCUUCUUUAUCUAGUUCUGACCUGUGAUUUGCACCUGCUUAGAUCCCCCUUUCCCAUUUUUGCAAAAAAAAAAAAAAAAAGAAGAGGCUAAGCACUGCCAAGAAGAUUGUAAAAGUCCUGUGUUACAGUAUGUAAUGGAAAGCAGGCUUGUCUUCCUCGAGAUUAUUUAUUUUGACUGUUCAGUUGUCCGGGGAAUAACCCAACGUCCAACCAGGAUGAUGGGGCUUCCAACCAGUGGAAAAAGAUAAAAAUCCUACCCUUCUACUGCCAUGUUUUUGUAUUCCUUCCUCCGUUCACCAAACCACCACCACCAAAGAUCCACAAGGAUCGCGUCACAGUGCAAUACCUGAUGGAUGGAGAGAUGGAACUCUUUACUUGAACCUCUUCACCAUCUCUUGCCAGUUUUCCUGGCACCACGUGUAGAAACCCAUUUUUGCUGGAAUUCCUUGUCAUCCGUUUGUACCGUGGGUGCCGUGAUGUGACAAAAAAAAAGAGUUGUUGUUUAAAAAAAAAAACAGACUGACUUUUUUUUUGUUUUGUUUUUGUUUUUUGGCUGGGCAUUUGCAGACCUAAUUCGUUUGCAUUUUGGUUUGAAUCAAAAAAUGCUGGUAACUAUUUGGUCAAGAUACAGAUGAAGGUUACGCGAAUGGAAACUGAAGAGUGCUGAAAUUCUCUUUGUGUCUACAAAAUGAAUUGCCAGUUGCAGCUCAAUUUUUCAUGUAUUACAAUUGUGUAUGCAUUACACAUGUAUGAUGCAUUACACUAUUCCCAAGGUUAAAAGGUCAGUAGGACAUGUUCCUGAAUCAAUAUUCCUUUGAUGUUCCUGGAUCAACACUGUGUGCUCCUUCCACCCAUUUCCAACUCCCAAGCUGGUUAAAACCUUCCUCCAGAAACACAAAUUCUUACCAAAAUCUGAAAUUCUUAACAGUAUUGAUUAUGCACCUCUUUCUUUAUUCAUUUCAGUGAGGACUAUUAGGGUUUACAAUUUUAUAUAUAUAUAUAUAUAUUUUGCUCAACAUGCAGAGCUGUACAAUGGGUUUUCCCUUCUCUCUGGAAACCGACUGGUGCGUCUGGACGAACUCUUCAGGUGGCUCAGUAACGGGAGGAAUGACAUUGGGUGGUGAAAAGAGAGGGUUGUUGGUCCCGGAACAAUGAAACGUUCAUUCGGGAACGUCUCCUACAUAAAAAAACAUUCAGCUCAUGCAACGUAGCAUGGGCACAGUGCGACUGGAACAGACAGUGUCAUAACAUUGUGCAUACGAUAGCAUCUACUGACGCGCUUUUGCACCCGAGCACCCAACCUGACAGGACAGAGGAAUCAUCUAUGUCUGAAAUGACCAAAAGAACCACAUGAUGAAGGUGUGCAAGCGCCCUUGGUGCAAAUACAGUCAAAAAAGAUGUGAAACAUUCCAAUAAUAUAUUAAACAGGGAGGAAAUGAGAAGCGUUCUCAUUGUUGAUUUGACGUCAGUUAAAAUGCUUCCACGGCAGAGUGGGUUGUUAUAUGGUCAGUGGCAGUUAUGUGUGUGUGUGUGUGUGUGUGUGUGUGUGUGUGUGUGAGAGAGAGAGAGAGACAUUAGACCAGUAGAAAUGCACUAUUAUUAGAAGCUGCAAACCUGAUGCAGUGUGUGUGCUGCGUCAACCGUGUUAUUUUCGUAACCCGAUCACUGCCAAUGUUAAACUUCUUAGUAGAGUUUAUUUUUUAAGAGCCAAAGUAAUAUAUCUCACACGUGCUGAGCAAAGAAUGAGCUUGGAAGGAAAGUAGCAGUUGAGAAUACCAUGUACCUUGUGUGUGAAUGUUGUAAUUAAUCCAGUCUUUGUUCUAAUGUCUGACUAACAUAUGUAAUAGAGUGUGUGUGUGUAACAGGGGCAAACCGAUUCAGGUGGAACUCAGCUCAUUAAUGCAGCUUAAAUGAGAUUAAGCCUUUAUAAGCACUCAUAGAAAGCUUAUUUUACACCACUAUAGUUUACUGUAUUUUCUGGAUUGUAACACUUUGGGAUUGAAAUCAUGGCAUUCCUUCCUGAGAAAUGCUAAGUUUGCUAGCCGUGGGCUGGGCUAACCAUGCUAACUGAAGUACCUGAGCACUUUACUUAAAAAACAAACAAACAGAAAAGCACUGUAAUAUGUAACUAGAUAAGAAUAGUGCCAUAUACAUGACAGAAAUGUUCCUGCUCCUGGUCUCGUGGGUCUAUAUCUUGUAACGGAAGGUUACGAUACACACCAAACCAGGCACUAAGGUUAGCUUGACGCUAGCAUAGCAUCAAAAAUCUCACAGGGGUGCUAGCGCAAUUUAGCUUUAUGCUGUCAUUGGACAUUUAUGAAGGGAUUUCUGGGAUGUGUGUGACACUCGAGAGAGAUUUAUUGUCCAGGAAGUACAGUUGCUUUUUAAAUAGAUAAAUAUAAGCUUAGUGGAAAAGUGUGUGUGUGUGUGUGUGUGUGUGUGUGUGUGGCCUGAGGGGCUCUCAUGUUUGCUCUCAAGUUUUGGGUUCUCUAUUUACGGCACCUUUGAAAAGUGUUAGUCUCUACAGUAGGCAUGAGCUAACAUUGUGAUCUCUCACACUUUAUAUUUUAUUUUUAUUAUUUAAAAAAAAAAUAAUAAUAAUGAUAAUAAUAAUAAUAAUCACUAGAUUAUCUACUAGAGUUGUAGAUUCUGCCUCCCACCCCUAAUAGAAACCAACAAUAAAAACCAUGACAGAAAUUCUAAUGGUUUCUACUACAAAUACCAUUACAAACCCUCAGCCAACCAUUAAAACCAUAACCAUUACUGGUCCUUAAUGGUAUCCACUAGACAUAACAUUCCACCAAUAUAAGGCAACAAAUUUCCAGUAGAGACCCACAGUGACCAUUUAAAAUCAAUGAAAUUCCCAUUAAAACCUUUACACAUUCUAUGAGGGUUUCUAUUGUUUUUUUGUGUGUUUCCAUCAGGGAUGAAUGCGAUAGACUUCUUCUUGGAAGCUUGAAAGGAUGUAUGAUGUCUGAUUAUUGGCACAAGCCUACUGUAGAGGUGGUUGAGAAACAAGCUACUGGUGUAAUUUUCUUAAAAGUAAAGUGAACUUGAUUAACGUGUCACGAAGCAAAAGAUGGGUAGUAAAGGAACAGUUAGGCCAAAAAUGGCAUGUAUGCAGUCCUCCCCCGCCCCAGUACAGUCCAGCGGCAUAAACAUCUUUAACGUUCAAUAUUAUCUUCUUUAAGUUUAUGCUGAAGGUGCUAAAAAUCUUUUCCAUAAACACAUCAUCUACCAGUGUCAGAUUACUUUUAUCUGUGUGACAUAUUUCAGUUAAAUAAAUGAGUUUUUAAGUAUAAGUUAAUUAUAUUGUUAUAUCCAGCUUUCUGGUAAAAAUCUCACCUUCAAACCUUGGUUUCAGCUCCAUUGCAAAGAUGAGGUUAUUAUUCUUAGAUAGCAGUUAUGUCUCAAUGAAGAUCUGGUUGCGCUUUAUUAUUUCUUAUCUGCAUUAGCCUUGUAGCUCCCCCUUGUCUCACUCUGCUCGACUACACUUGGUGUUUAUUAUAUCGAGCAGAACGAAUUUCAGACCGUAUUUGUGGCAGUGAACCAUUUCAUAUAAGCAAUAUUAACACGGAGAUAUUGUGAAUCCUGUCAAGUAAAUAAGAAAGAACGAGGUAAAUCAUUCACACCAAUGUACAGCUGUAAUCUCACACACACACACACAGUGUGUCUGGAGUAUCUGUAACUGUGACAUAUUCUGACUAGAGGUAUCAGACAGGAAGGGUGAGAGACAUCAGGCGUGAGAAUCUCUGGCAGAAAUCUCUUGAUUUUUUUUAUCCUUCUCGGGCAUAACGAGCUGUGACAAGUGCGACCUUCGUCGUACACGGAGGGAGAGCUAAGCGUGUUAAGGACAAAUCCAGACUGAAGUGAAAGUAAGGGCAUGGUAGGGAUGAGCUGUCACAGGGAUUUUGUUUUGUUUUUUGGGUUGUUCUUUUUUUUUUUUAGAAAUGUGUAAAAGAAAACCAACAAACCGUCGAGGCCAAAGGUUUGCAUGUACGAAGGCUCAUUUUUCCACAACUCCACACAUUUCAUGUAAUCAUAAAGUAUCUGCUUUAUUUCCGUAAUUUCAAAACGAGCUAAGAGACAGUUUUUUUUGUGUGUGUGAGAGUGUUUUUGGUGUCAUUGCUUGAACCUUGAAUCAAACUCUUGUUGAAUCCUUCCACAAGCUUCUCACAGUACUGUUCUGGAAUGUUCUCCCAUUCCUCCCGACAGAACUGGCGAACAGGUUUGUGGGCUUCUUGACUCAGACACGCUUUUUCAGCUCAGUCCACUAAUCCGCUCUGGGAUUCGGGUCAGGGCUUUGUGAUGGCCGCUCCCACUAGCCAUUUUGUUACAACUUUAGAGGUCUGCUUAGGAUCAUUGUCCUGAUAGGAAAUCCAACCCUGAUGCAGUUUCUUCAGUAUUUCAUCUGUUUUCUGAAGUGCAUCAGUCCCUUUUCCAGUAAAACACCCCCACAGCAUGAUGCUGCCACCCCUUUGCUUCACAGUGAGAAUGGAGCUCUUCAGAUUAAAAACCUUGAGGUUGACCUUUUCCCGCCGUACACAGCGCUUCAAUACAGCUACAGGUGCUCUCAGAGUUAACUCCUUAUCAUUACAAAUGUCCAAUCAGGAAGGAGGAACCUUCCAGAUUGUUUAAACAGAUGGUGAACUUGCUGUAUUUAAACCUCUGACCCAAUGGAAUUCUUAUGUAAUAUCUUUCGCCUAGGUAUACUGUACGUAACUUUUAGCCUCAGCUGUAUAAGGUUCUGAACUUUAUUUCAAACCAAUAUUUAGGAUUGUGCCAAAAAAAAAUGCUCAUGGUUUCUCAUCCUAUAUUUAUUCAAACUCUGAGUUCACAUGAGCAAGAUUUUAGCCAAGGCACUGUUAGUUUUGUAAUGAAACCCAGAAGAUGAGAUGAGUGCUGAAAUUUAUUAAAGUACUGCAAAUCUCUUGUUGAAUAAGACUCUGCAUUGUGAACUUACACAGGAAACGAAUAGUCCACUUCCUAGUGUAAGCUCAGGGUGAGGCGGGUGUCGUACAGUAGGUACUACAUUGGGAGUUCAUAACACAUGCAUUAGCAUUUACAGAGUAAUGAAUGAAUAAUUAUCCCAUAUUCAGCACCUUGCUGUGGCCCUCAGUUUAGUGUUCAGAAAGGAAUUUGAAGCCUGUACACAAUUACUGGCUUGUAACACUGACACUAUGAAGCAUCGUUAGCAAUAAUGUGCUCAAGCAUCACAUAAUUGUGAACAUCCUAACAUAUGAUUAUUUUAUAAGCGAACCUCAUGUAAUAAUUACAGAGAAGGUGUUCUGUAACGUGCUUGUUGUAAUACUGUAUGUUCUAGCAACGGGCCAUGAGAGAGCGUGUUUUACAAUGUAUUUUAUUACGGGUAACAUCAGACAAAAAUAAAAACAUCUGAUCAGAUAAAACCGCUGUAAUGCAUGCUGCUUUUAUAAAACAGUGAUGAAAAGAACACGAGCGAACCCUGUGCUUAAUAAAUCAUUUAAAUCAUUAUGAAUAUUAUUCUCAAUAAACAGUUUCUCCGCCUCGCAGUGUAACAGUAAGCGCUGGCUCCUAAGAAACAUGCAGUAACAGCCGAAGAUGAAGGUAUUUUAUAUCUGAAAUGCAAUGUUUAUCGGUCAUUUUAUAUCAUUUGCAUAGUAAUUACUAACUCACAGGGAAUUGUAUACCGGACAGUUCACGUAAUUGAAAGCCUAGUAAUAAACAAAGCUGUUAUAUAACUAUUGAAAAUGUCUGAUUGAUAUGAGGAGUCUUGGACACAUUUAUUAUUAUUAGCAUUUUUUUUUUGGAAAGAGCCUUUGAGAUCAUUGUAAAACAUUCUGUAGGUAAAGCUGUUUCGUCAAGUUUUCUGCUGUGGGGAAGUCUUCAGGAUUUUGUCAAUAAUAUGACACGAUGCAUUUUGCUUUAAUCGUUAAAAACAGUCAUUCUUGGUAAAUGCUAUGGUAUAAGAGGAAUAAAGUGCUUUGGGCGAUGCUACUCGAGGAAAAGGAUCAACUUCAGGGUGCUAAUGGGUGCCUUGUCUUUUUAUUAUUGAUUAUUCCUGUAACAGCACACCCUGUUGGGCUUUAUUCCUUACAUAUCACAGUACCCAUUCUUAUACACGUAUUAUAAAGUGGUUAUGUAGGUCACCUUCAAAUAAAAUGUUGCCUUCAAGUCAUAGAGGAAGGCUUUAAAAUGGCUUAAAAAGGGUGUGUGUGUGU